CUGGUCGCGCCCCGCCCCCUCCUCAGCAGCUCGCUCGGCUCUCCUGCGCCAGCAGCGGUGUGUGUGUCACCGAGGCUGGGCUGCUGCUGCCGGACAGACCCGGAGUCAGCGCGAACACCCGACCGGUCCACCCAAACUGGCAUCGGGGCCGAGGGGCUGCCCCGGCGAGGCUUACACCCGAGCGACGUUCAGGUCGGACCCCGCGCCUCUCUCCGUCACCCGUCCCUCCCGAUGUCGGACUUCAAGCUGGGGAUCGUGCGGCUCGGCCGUGUGGCCGGGAAGACAAAAUACACACUAAUUGACGAGCAGGACAUCCCACUUGUGGAAAACUAUGCCUUUGAGGCGCGCAUGGAGGUAGAUGCAGAUGGCAACGGAGCUAAGAUCUUUGCCUAUGCCUUUGACAUCGGUAAAGGCCGCUGGGCAGGGAGGCCGCUGCACGAGCUGCUGUGGGAGAAGCACAGAGGAGGCAUCGCACCCAGUUUCCAAGUCAUCCACAUCAACUCUGUGACAGUGGACAACCGGCUAGACAACCUGCGACUGGUGCCAGUGGGCUGGAGCCCAAAACCGGAGGAGAUCUCCAGCAAACAAAGAGAGCAGUCUCUGUACUGGCUGGCCAUCCAGCAGGUGCCGGCCGACCCUGUGGAGGAGCAGUAUCUGGAGCUAAGCCGCACACGCUACUACAACGCUAACGGGGAGCUGGUGGAGGAAGAGGAGUGCUCCUGCACCUACUAUGAGUGUCAUUAUCCUCCCUGUUCACUCAUUGAGAGGAGGCUCCGGGAGUUCAACAUCUGCGGUCGCUGCCAGGUGGCCCGCUACUGCGGCUCCCAGUGCCAGCAGAGGGACUGGCCGGCCCACAAGAAGCAGUGUCGCGAGCGCAAGCGAGUGUUGGCCCUGGAGUCAGAGCCCGAACGAUGAUCUGCCUUCAUCCUCGCCUGGGAGAGGAUGGGGAAGAAUUGGGGUGGGGGGGUCUGGGUUUGACUUGUGGCAGGGGAGCAGGUAUGGAGGGCUAAACGGGGAAAUUUGCUGGCGAGAGACUAACGACAGAGGACAAUGUUGGUUGCUUGAUUGUUUGUUUGGAUUCGGGGGGUAAAGAAGACGGAGGAGAGAAAAGAAGAAUCAAGCAAAAAGACAUCUGCCACUUCCCAGAACUGGUAGUUCUCCAUAGCUUGCUUUUCAUUUGGAUGACGGGGAAAGUGUAUUAUUAUUAUUAUUAUUAUUAUUAUUAUUUUUUUGUUUGUUUGUUUUUGUCUUUAUUUUUCUCGAGGGGACACACCCUCGAGCUCUACCUGCUGCUAUGGUUUUGUGUGUGAGGGGGAACAAGUCGUCUUGUUGUUGAACUGGACAAGCUUCUUUGGACCACAGUCAUAGACGGACAGUUGUCGUCAUCCACUUUUUCGCUCCUCCACCCGGCCACUUGGGUGCGGCGACGUCUGUGCGAACGGGGGAUUCCGAACCCAUCGUUCAAGCUGGUACAAUGGGACAUGGACCUUUUCACUGUAUCGCUCCCUCUCUGACCUCUCUGGUGUGCACAGCUGCCGUCUUCAUGGUCAUGGACACCUUCGCCGCCUCCCUGUCUUGUUCGCACUCUCCACGCAGCCAACCACGACACGCAUCAGACAGAUUUCACUGAUUGAACCACACUUCCAGUAUUGAGUGUGGGUGUGAGAGAGAGAGAGUGUGUGUGUGUGUGUAUGUAUGUAUGUAUGUAUGUAUGUAUGUAUGUAUGUAUGUAUGUAUGUAUGUGUGUAUUUGCUGCCAAUAUGUACUGAAGGACAUUGAAAUGCUUAACGUGGUUUACAGGCCGCACUAACGUUAUGUCUGUUCUCUUCUUAAAGGGGCCAUAUUACGCAAUUUUAAAUUUCAUAUUUAAUCAAACUGGUGGGUUCAAAAUUUUCACUGUUCUGUAAUAAAAGUAGUUGCCAAGUAAAGGCUUUAAUUUUUUUUCGAGGUUUUCUCCACCCAUUAGUUAUUUUUAAGUCACUUUGAUUAUAUAUAUAUAUAUAUAUAUAUAUAUAUAUAUAUAUAUAUAUAUAUAUAUAUAUAUAUUACAAAACUGCAUUUUCAAAGUUACUAUUUUAGAAGCUCUUCCUGAUGUUAUUUAGUACUUAGGUCCAUCUUUUUCCAUUAUCACAAAAAUUAAAUACUGUUUUAUUCUGAUGAGAAAUGAAUUAUCCUGUGUUCUCAAGACAGAGUUCCUCAAUGAUCACAUGGAAACAAAAAGGAAGAAAUGAUCUUUACCAAAGUCUGCUCUCCUGUGGUUUGACACACUGAAUCCCUCCAGUCAGUCUUACUUUGCUGGGUUUUAACACGCUCCAGUCUUCUUCGCGGUAUUUUCUUGCAUCUGCAGGGUUAUGGUGUGUGUGUGUGUGUUGUGGAGUUUGCUCUAAGGUUAUUUUUUUGAAGAAAUUGAGCUAUAUAUUUAUUUAAAACAAGCGGUUGUGAAAUGUGCUUUUGUCCUGAUAUUUGAAGGUAAACAGAUAAUAGAGUGGGGUCCUUUUCGUCACAUCUUUAUGGAUGGGGGAGGGGGACUGAACAUUUCAUCCCUUGUUACUUGCUUUGUGUUUACUUUUCUCAUCCUGAAUGAAAGAGUCCCCCUGGUUGUUGCCCCUCCAGAUGUUCCAUGAAAACACUGCACACCAUCAUCGUCACUAAAAUCUUCCACGUGAGAGACGUCUCGGAGUGUAAAACUUGAAUUACCCCACUUUUAUUUUGUACAGUGGUUCUACAGGCAGAAGCAUUUCCUGCUUUUUUUUCCUAAGACAUAGCGGCCCGAGUUAAAUUGUUCUGUUUUCAGAUUUGUCCAUAAAGUUCUGCCCUCCUUGUAUUACCCGCAGUGCACACCUGCUUAGACGUGUCCUUGUGUGUCUUAGGUGAAGAGUCCAGACACUACGCAUGUUAUUCCCACGUGUACAUGCGACCUGUUGAUUGUUUCUUAUGUGUGUGUGUGUGUGUGUGCGAGUGUGUGUGUGAGUGAGAACAGGUUUUCAACACUGCACUAAACCUUGGCUCCCAUUUUAGCGUAUUUGUCGUAGAUGGGCUGAAGGGAGGGGGUGUGAUUUGGACAGCGUGUACAGAUCGUGUCUGAAAUCUUUUUGUUUUGUAAGAAUAUAAGCAUUAAUCACCUAGAAAUAAAGAGCUACAAUAUGUGAAUGGAAGUACAGUUGGGGAUAACUGACAGUUGCUUUUCCAAUGUAAAAUGACAAUAAAUAAAAUAAAACCUCA